AACACACCCAAAGACAAAAAUGACAUUCUUGUGUCAUCCCGCUGCGCUACUGCGCAUUCCCAGCCUACGAAUCUCAAAGAAUCCCAUUGCAGAUUUCACUAGUUUCUCCUCUCCUCGUCUUAAUCACAACAGACGAAGCUUAUUUGUCGGUCCGAGAAUGGCGUCUACCCAAUUAAGUCAUGAAAUAACGCUUCCGGGUCAGCUCGGUCACCCAGUCACCGUCGUCGCUGCUGCUGGGGUCUCAGACUCCGACUUCAGGAAUGAUCUAUUUCACAUUAUUGGAUUUCGUUUAUUGUGUGGUUGAAAGUUUGUACUAGUGGAAUUGAUCGUAUUUUGGUUAUAUUAAAGUCUAUUGUCGCGGUUUGUGUUUAGAUUUUUGACAACUAGUCGCUUGCAUCGAUCAUUUUUAUUGCCUAUUUACAGAAAUUCCUGUGUAUGUUUAGCGCCACCGGUUUUAGGUUGCAAGUUACGAACAUCACUUAACUGUUGAAAUCUAAAUUAACUUGUAAAAUGUUGUCUAAUAGUCGGAGUUUUGUUUUCAGUCGUAUGCAUAUCUAUCAAGUGUCAGUUGUCGAUCGAAUAUUCUUUUUUGUGUUGGUUUCUGGAAGUCUUGGAAGUUCAUUAAGUUGGAUAUGACCAUAUAUCAUUGAUCAAAUGAUGCCAUUUCAUAUCUCUUGCGUUAGCACUUCAGGAAAUUAUCGUUGGUAAUUAAAAAUUAAAACAUAUAGAAUUGCAGUUGUUGGAAAUCAUCAUUGGAUUUAAACCUAAAAACUUAUAGAAGAAUUGCAGUACUUGAGGUGCCUGAUGACUGCUUAUCAGUGAGUCUAUGGUGUUGCAGGAAUGCCAUUGAAUCCUUUUUAUUCAAACAAUGGCUGAAAAACAUACAAACAGAAACUGGAAUGCUGGCUAAUGAAGCCAUGGUUUUGAGACAAGUGCUCAUUCAGGGCGUCGACAUGUUUGGUAGUCGUGUUGGAUUUCUCAAGUUUAAAGCAGAUGUAAUUGAUAAAGAAACAGGGAAGAAGGUUCCAGGCAUUGUUUUUGCAAGAGGGCCAGCUGUUGCAGUUCUAAUUCUAUUAGAAUCAGAAGGAGAGACAUAUGCUGUGCUGACAGAACAGGUCCGGGUUCCUGUUGGAAAGCUAAUAUUGGAAUUACCAGCUGGGAUGUUGGAUGAUGAAAAUGGUGAUAUAGCUGGAACAGCCAUUCGUGAGGUUGAGGAGGAGACUGGCUUACACCUAAAUCAAGAUGCAGUUGUUGAUCUCACUGCAUUCUUAGCUCCAUCCACAGGACAGAAAGUUUUCCCUUCUCCUGGGGGAUGCGAUGAAGAUAUUGGGUUAUUUUUAUAUAGAGGAAAAGUGGACAAAGAGAUCAUUGAACAACUACAAGGGAAAGAAACUGGUCUUAGAGAUCAUGGUGAAAUGAUCAAGGUGCACGUCGUUCCCUACAAAACUUUAUGGCGAAUGACUGCUGAUGCCAAAGUUCUUGCAGCAAUUGCCCUUUAUGAAAUGGCCAAGAGGGACGGCCUUCUCCCCAUUCUCAAGGAUUGAUUGAUUGAGUGAUGCCACUUUCUUCCUGAGCUUCUCAAUUUGUUAUAUCUAGAAUUCGUAUGGGAAUAAUGUGUUAGUGCUUGCACUUUCUUGUCAUCACUAUUGUUGUUGAAUUAGCAAAAUAGAUCGAUCAUUCUGAUUCUUCUUA